UCGAUCCAGCUAAUUCCUCUCUAUCUUUGACCCCAACUAUAUGCAUAACACAUGUACACGCUUUUGUUUGUUUGAACUAUACAGUAUAUAUAAACACACACACACGAAUCUUUAGGCUCACAUCUUCUCUAUCAGAUUUUUUGGGACAGCAACAAAUCUCAUUUUAGCUUCGGUUCCAAAUCGCUUAGUUAUUCUUCUUGAAGACCUGAGGGAUUCACGUUUUAUGUCAACGACGAUGGAGAGACCAGGCCGCAGCUCAGAUUCCGGAACUCAGCGGCAUCCCAGUCCGUUAAACAUCGUUCCGGCUCCCGCGAAUAACUGGACAACUGCUAUCCCUCUCCUCUCGCCGUUAGCUCUUUCCCCAGAAUCACCGGUCAACCAACCGCCGGUUGAGAAUCAGACGAAAGCUGUUACUGCGACGGUUGCACCGGUUUUCAAGACGUGGCAGCAUCCGGCGGCGCCGUUUUGUUAUGAGCCAUCAUCGACGUUUGUUCCACCGUUCGUACCGGUUUAGAACUAUUGUUUUUAGAUCCAACGGUUCAGAAAGUACAGUUUCCUUUCUUUUUAGGUUCUGCGUAGUAGAUCAAACGGUCCAGAUUUACGCCUUUUGUUUUUAUUAUUGUGUGGUUGGAACAACGCGAUUUCCGUAUAGAUGAAAAAUAAAAAGAUUAUUAAAUAAGAAUGUUUAUGUUU